AUGUCGUCCAGUGGUCCGCCGCGGAUUCGAGCGCAUUUUCACAAGCCGCGCGUGCGCCUCAACUUUUCGCGGAAUGCGGCGGGUGCGGCUGUGACGGGUGACGGGCCGAAGACGCGGCCGUACAUGCAGGGGUACGAUCGAGAGCUUGAUAGUGAGGACGAUGAAACAGGGGAAGGGAUGGCGUUUGAAGAGCAGUUGAUUCUGCGUGUGCCUGAUGGGCCAGGCGAGCACGGCGAGUUGGAUGCGCUGCGUCAGGCGAUUCGGCGGCGUGGUGAGUAUGAUGACGUGUGGUUCAAGUUCAAGGACGCGCGCCGCGCUGUGUUCCACAUCGGCCGGCAGCUGUAUGCCGCCAAGCUCGUCGACCUGCCAUGCAUCGUUGAGUCGCACAAGACGCUCGAUAACAAGCAGAUGUUCAAGAUUGCCGACAUCUCGCAGAUGCUCCUUAUCGAGCGUCCGAUCGCUGACGAGGCCGAGGCGACGGCCCAGUCGUCCCACAAGAGCUCCAACGACGACUACAUAUAUCCACACGGCAUCACGCCACCCAUGACGUGGGUGCGAAAGCGCCGCUUCCGCAAGCGCGUGCACAACCGAUCGAUCGAUACGGUAGAGAUGGAAGUCGAGACGCUGCUCAACGAUGAUAAGCGCGCCGACCGUGUCGAGUACGAGUUUAUCGAUCCGGCACUCGCCGAUCAGAUGGAGCAGGACAUUGCGCAGCAGAAGCUGCAUGCGCACGCGGAGCGCACGGCGUCCGACGAAGAGCACAAGCCUGAGGACGAGUCGCGAGCGCAUGCUGAGGCUGAGGAGGAAGAGGAUGAUGACGACGAUGACCUGAAUGUCGACCAAGAUCUAGCGGCCGAGCUCGAUGCCGCCCUAGCGCGUGAGCAGGGCGCCGAGCAGAACGACUCAGCCAGUGAUGCAGGCGCAGAAAGCACAGGUGAUAGCGAUCUCGAGGACCUAUGGGACGACGACGACGAAGACCAGGCGGAUGGCGAAGAAGACGUGCCUAAAUCCGACAAGGAAGACGAUGACGACGAUGACGACGGCGAAGAAGAAGCCGAGCGCCGCGUACGUGAAUCACAGCUGGAGGCUGAGUGCCGCGAAAUCGAGACGCUCAUCAAGCGCAAGCAGCACGACACCGAGAGCACCAUGAAUACCCUCAUCAAGAGCCGACACCAGCAGGCGCUCCGCAAGCUGCAAGUCGAGCACGAGUCCAAGAAGCGGCUCUUGGGCGACCUCAAGCAUAUUCGCCGCACCCGUCGCGAAGAACGCGCGGCCCACGCCCGGUCGCAGCAGGAUGCCCACGCGGAAGCAUCCACGGACCCAUCGCCCACAGAGGCGUCGUAA